AUGGGCUCGACAAGCUGGGCCUAUGCCUAUGUCUUCGGCGACCAGACGAGCGAGUUCGAUUCUGGUCUUCGACGUCUACUCCAAGACAAAGGCAACAGUUUCGUGACAUCUUUCCUAGAGAGAUGCUCAUUUGCUUUGCGUCACGAAGUGACACAGCUGCCACCUUCUGAUCGUCGGAAAUUCCCUCGCUUCACCAGCAUCGUCAGUCUACUUUCCAGAUAUCGCGAGUUGGGUCCCAAUCCUGCUCUGGAAAGUGCCUUGACUACCCUCUAUCAGCUAGCUUCCUUUAUCAGUUACUAUGGUGAUGGAGGCCAAGUUUACCCUGUAGGCUCACAAAGCCACGUUAUUGGGCUUUGUACCGGCCUACUCGCAUCUGCAGCAAUAGCCUCGUCCAGAACUAUCGGAGAGCUAGUCCCGCUUGCUGUUGAAGCCGUUGUCGUUGCUCUCAGGCUUGGACUGUGCGCCUAUAAAGUUCGUGACUACGUCGGCCAAUAUAGCGGUCAGUCCCAGAGCUGGUCUGCUGUAAUCUCCGGCAUCAGUGAGGAAAAGGCACUUUCUAUUAUAGCCGAGUUUUCCACCAAAAAGGAUAUUUCCCCUUCAUCUCGUCCUUAUGUCAGCGCCGUCAGCUACAAUGGUUUAACCAUCAGUGCACCGCCUCCUGUCCUUGAAGAGUUCAUUGACUCUGAAUUAGCAAAGAGCGCCAAACCACUCAGAGUAGCCGUUCAUGCUCCUUUUCACGCCCCUCAUCUUUAUGUAAAGGAAGACGUAGACUGGGUUCUGAAAACUAAAAAUAGUGGCUCAUUCAACGGAUACGCCUGUCGCAUUCCGGUUCUGUCAAGUACCACCGGCCGAGAGAUUGCUGCAGACAACUUUGAGGACCUGCUGAGGGUUGCUGUUGAAGAGAUUCUUCUUAAGCAGCUUCGCUGGGAUAAAGUCCUCGAUAGCUACUCAUCCAUUGCCAAAUGUUCGUUCAUCUCGACAGCUACAAUAUUCCCCGUCGCAACCUCAGCCACCACAGGACUAGUCUCUGCAUUGAAACGUGCCGGAGUUUCUGAAGUCCUUCUGGAAAAUGCUCUUCUCGACUCACCAAAGACCGACAAUUUCCAGAGUACAACAGGCAGAGCCGAACAGUCAAAGAUCGCCAUCAUCGGUCUAUCCGGAAGAUUUCCAGACGCACCAAGCCCUGAACAUUUCUGGAAUCUCCUCUACCAGGGUCUUGAUGUCCACAGAGAGGUGCCUCCUGAUAGAUGGAACUGGAAAACGCAUGUCGAUCUUACGGGCAAGAAGAGGAAUACCAGUCAAGUGCCUUACGGUUGUUGGAUUCCUGAGCCUGGUCUUUUCGAUCCUCGAUUCUUCAACAUGUCACCCAGGGAGGCGCUUCAAGCGGAUCCAGGCCAGCGACUGGCACUAGUUACUGCUUAUGAAGCAUUGGAGAUGGCAGGGUUUGUUCCUGACUCGACGCCUUCUACACAAAAAGAUCGGGUUGGAAUCUUCUACGGCAUGACUAGCGAUGAUUAUCGUGAAAUCAACAGCGGUCAGGACAUUGACACAUACUUUAUUCCUGGCGGCAAUCGUGCUUUCACACCCGGUCGCAUCAAUUAUCACUUCAAAUUUAGUGGACCGAGCGUCAGCGUGGAUACUGCAUGCUCAUCAAGUCUAUCUGCAAUCCAUAUGGCUUGCAAUGCAUUGUGGAAAAAUGAUUGUGAUACCGCUAUUGCUGGAGGUACCAACGUCCUGACAAACCCCGACAACCAUGCCGGUCUUGACCGCGGUCACUUCCUUUCUCGCACAGGAAACUGCAACACGUUUGAUGAUGCAGCUGAUGGCUAUUGUCGUGCGGAUGGUGUAGGCACCGUUGUUCUCAAGCGACUUGAAGAUGCGAUUGCAGACAACGACCCAAUCCAGGCUGUAAUUGCGGGAGCCUACACAAAUCAUUCAGCCGAAGCUGUGUCAAUGACACGGCCUCAUUCUGGUGCUCAGGCAUUCAUCUUUGACAAACUUCUCAAUGAAGCUGGUGUUCACCCCAACGACGUCAGCUACAUUGAGAUGCAUGGAACCGGCACACAGGCUGGUGAUGCAGUCGAGAUGACAUCGGUUCUUGAUACUUUUGCUCCCGAUCAUGGUCGAAAGCCCGAGCAAACCCUCCACAUCGGAUCAGCAAAGUCAAACAUCGGCCAUGGAGAAUCUGCAUCAGGUGUUACUGCUUUGAUCAAGGUGUUAAUGAUGAUGCGCAAAAGCACAAUUCCACCACACUGUGGUAUCAAGACAAAGAUCAACCACAACUUUCCUACUGAUCUCAAGGAACGCAACGUACACAUUGCUUUCAAGCCCACUUCUUGGGUAAAACCAGGGUCAGGGCUACGCAGAUCCUUCAUCAACAAUUUCUCUGCAGCCGGUGGCAACACUGCCUUGCUUGUAGAAGAUGCUCCAGAUUGUCUUGUUGAUUCUGCUGUUGUCGAUCCACGGUCAACAUACUCAGUUGCAGUCUCGGCGAGAUGUCAAGCCUCGCUGAAGAACAAUAUAAACAACCUAGUUGACUGGAUCAGCAAAAACUCUUCCGACAUGAAGGAGAAUGAGUUUUUAGCCAAGUUGUCAUAUACUACUACUGCUCGACGCCUCCACCACCCUUUCCGCAUCAUGGUCUCUGGUACCAAAGUGUCCGAGGUGCAAGAAGCUCUUCGUGCAGCAGCCAGCAGGGAACCUAUUAGCCCAGCUCCAUCUGUUGCACCAAGUGUCGGCUUCAUCUUCACCGGACAAGGAGCACAAUACGCUGGCAUGGGAAAACAAUUCUUCGAGAGCUUCUCACAAUUCCGCUCUGAUAUCCUACGUUUCAACGGAAUUGCUCAGAGCCAAGGAUUUCCAUCUUUUCUACCAUUGAUCGAUGGCAGUAUGCCGAUUGAAGAGAUGAGCCCUGUGAUUACGCAGUUGGGAACAACUUGUUUGCAGAUGGCAUUGGCAAAUCUAUGGGCCUCGUGGGAGACUCGUCCUACGUUUGUCAUGGGCCAUAGCCUCGGGGAGUACGCUGCUCUCUAUGUCUCCGGAACGUUGACGGCUUUUGAUACAAUUUAUCUAUGCGGUCGUCGUGCCCAGCUCUUAGAAGGGAAGUGCAAGGUUGGAACUCAUGCAAUGCUGGCAGUACGAUCAGCCUUGAGUGAGAUCACUCCUUUCCUGAACCCAGGAAUUCACGAAGUCGCUUGUAUCAAUGCUCCUGGCGAGACUGUCAUCAGUGCUACUUCCCAAAAUAUCGAUGCUCUUUCCGAACAACUUGUUGCUGCUGGAAUAAAAGUCACCAAAUUGAAAGUGCCCUUUGCAUUCCACUCCUCUCAGGUUGAACCAAUUCUCGAGGAGCUUACCAACGCGGCUAAAGGAGUCAAGUUCCACAAGCCUUCAAUUCCUCUCGUGUCUCCCCUUUUGGGAGAGGUUAUCAACGAGAGGAACUAUGAGCAGCUUGGUGGCAAGUAUCUCAGUCGUCAUUGCCGGGAGACAGUCAACUUUCUUGCAGCAAUUGAAGCUUCCCGACAUGCUAAGCUUAUGAGCGACAAGACAGUAUGGAUUGAGAUUGGUUCUCACACAAUUUGCUCUGGUAUGAUCAAAUCUACUCUUGGUCCACAGGCAAACACGGUUGCUUCGCUACGUAGAAACGAAGACUCGUGGAAGGUGCUUUGUCAAAGCUUGUCAGCUGUAUACCUCGCUGGUAUUAAUGUACAGUGGAAGGAGUAUCACCAGGAUUUCAAGUCAAGUCAUGAAGUUCUUCACCUGCCAGCAUACUGCUGGGAAAACAAGAACUACUGGCUAUAUUACAAGAAUGACUUCUGUUUGACCAAGGGUGGCGACCCAGUGCCUCAGAUUUCCAACACUGCGCCUUCCCGUCUCACCAUAUCGGCCCAGAAGGUAGUCGAAAGUAUUGGUGACGCAAGUAAAGCAACCGUCAUUACUGAGACUGACAUUUCCGAUCCAGACCUGUGUCCUGUUAUCCUGGGUCAUAAGGUCAACGGAACACCUCUUUGUCCCUCCUCGCUAUACGCCGAUAUCGCUCAGACGCUGGCAGAGUACCUGAUUGACAACUUCAAGCCUGAGCUCAAAGGAGUUGGCCUGGAUGUUGCUGACAUGGCUGUUCCAAAGCCUCUGAUUUACAAAAACGCGGGACCUCAACUUUUCCGGGCAGCCGCCACUGCUGAUUGGGAUGCCAGACAGGUCUCCAUGCAGAUCUACUCUGUCACUCCUGAAGGCAGGAAGAUGACAGACCACGCAAGUUGCAUCAUAAAGUUCUUCGAUACUAAGGCUGCACGAGAGGAAUGGAAGCGCAAUGCAUACCUCAUUCAACGAAGCGUCGACCGGCUGUUCGAAAGUGCGGCCAACGGCGAUAGCAACAAACUUGGCCCUGGAAUGGUUUACAAGCUGUUCGGCGCUCUGGUCGAUUAUGACAAGAACUACAAGUCUAUGCGAGAAGUUAUCUUGGAUAGUGAGAAUUAUGAGGCCACUGCUCUAGUCAAGUUCCAGGCUGAAGCGGCCAACUUCCACCGCAAUCCGUUUUGGAUUGAUAGCAUUGGUCAUAUUACUGGAUUCACUAUGAACGCAAACGAUGCUACUGACUCGGCCAAUUUCGUUUAUGUCAACCACGGCUGGGAUUCUAUGCGCUGUGCUACCAAGUUCUCUGCCGAUGCUACAUAUCGCACUUAUGUGAGGAUGCAGCAAUGGCAGGGCACCAUCUAUUCCGGUGACGUUUAUGUCUUUGAAAAAGAUGAGAUCAUAGCUGUAUAUGGAGGCGUCAAGUUCCAAGGAGUGCCCCGCAAGAUUCUCAACACUGUCCUGCCUCCACCAAGCGGUGCUCAGGCAACCAAGCUGGCGGCCAAGAGUAGUGUUCCUGCUCCUGUUGCUGUGCCCAAAACUAAGCCUAUCGCGAAGGCAGUCAAACCUACUGUACCAAAGUCUUCUGCUCCCAGUCUUCUUGUUCAAGCUUUUAAGAUAUUGGCUGGCGAGGUUGGUUUGUCCGAAGCAGAGCUUUCAGAUGACCUUGUCUUUUCUGACUACGGAGUGGACUCUCUUCUGGCCUUGACAAUUACUGGUAAAUUCCGCGAACAGCUUAACCUUGACUUUGAGUCUAGUAUCUUCAUGGACUACCCAACUGUCAAAGACUUCAAGGGGCUUUUGAUGCAGUCACUGGACAGCGGCGAAUCUUCCUCAGAGUCAUCUGUCUUUGAUGAUUCUGCAUCAAAUUCAGAGCCACCUACCCCUGGGACUCCUGGAGAUUUCGCUCCGCACAUGAAGGCUGCCCCGUCUGCAGGAGAAGACAAGACUCUGGCUACCAUUCGCCAAACUCUCAUCGAUGAGAUCGGUGUGUCUGCAGAGGAGUUGACUAACGAGGUAAAUCUCGCUGAGAUGGGCAUGGAUUCCUUACUCUCGUUGACUGUGCUUGGGAGAAUACGGGAGGAACUGGGUUUGGACUUGCCUUCCGACUUUUUUAUUGAGAACCCUACGAUGGGCCAAGUCGAAGAAACUCUUGACUUGAAGCCAAAAGCUCCUGUACAACAGUCGAAGCCAGCCGUGUUGUCUACUCCAGCACCCUUAUUGCAGCCGGAGGAGUUGACUUCCAAGCUCAACCACCCUCCAGCUACGUCUAUCCUACUGCAGGGAAGUCCCAAGACGGCUACACAUACGCUGUUCCUCUUCCCUGAUGGCUCUGGCUCGUCAACUUCAUAUGCGACCAUUCCCAAGAUUUCUCCCGAUGUCUGCGUUUAUGGAUUGAAUUGUCCUUACAUGAAGACUCCGGAGAAACUCAACUGCGCCCUUCAGGACCUCACUGCCUCGUACGUUACUGAGAUCCGUCGUCGCCAGCCAAAGGGGCCAUAUAACGUGGGUGGAUGGUCCGCCGGAGGAAUCUGCGCCUACGAUGCGGUCCGCCAGCUUGUUGUCGAGCAGGGUGAAACAGUUGAGAGGAUUUUCUUCCUCGACUCGCCAUUCCCCAUCGGUCUUGAGAAACUGCCUCCAAGACUGUAUAGGUUCUUCGACGACAUGAAAAUCUUCGGCGAUGGCAAGACACCCCCACCCAAAUGGCUUCUGCCACAUUUCCUCGCAUUCAUUGAUGCGCUCGACCUGUACAGGGCCGUUCCCUUCCCGAUCAACGACCCCAAGUACGAAAGCCGCCUCCCCAAGGCUUAUCUCAUCUGGGCCAAGGAUGGAGUUUGCGGUAAGCUGGGAGAUCCCCGCCCUGCACCAUCCGAGGACGGAAGCCGUGACCCUAGAGAAAUGCUUUGGCUCCUCAAUGAUCGUACCGACUUUGGCCCGAAUGGCUGGGAUACCUUGGUUGGUAAGAACAAGGUCGCAUCAAUCGAAGCUUUGCAUGAGGCAAACCAUUUCACAAUGAUGGAUGGUAUCAAAGCAAGUGGUCUGUCUAGCUUUAUCAAGAAAGCUUUCUAA